AUGGAGCUUCAUCCCGAGGCAAGCCUCGGAAUCGAUUUGCUCAAUGAUAUCGGAGUUAAUCAAGCUGUUGUUAUCUCGCCAUUAUCCAUUCUUCUCUCUUUGUCAUUGGUGCAUUUCGGCGCCAAAGGUCACACCAAGGAGCAGAUCAAAGACGUGAUAGUGAAUGGUUCCACUCAUGAAAAUCUUAUCGAACAUUUCUCCCAUUUGCAAAAAUUAAUCGGCAAUGAAGUGAAUGAUGUGAAGACAAGCAUUGCGAAUCGCAUAUUCCUCGCAAAAGACAUUGAAAUCAACGAAACAUAUCUUACCGGAAUCAAUGAUCACUAUAAGGCUUCUGCGCAGAACAUCAAUUUUGAUGAUACUCAAAAUGCCGCCAAGAUUAUAAACGAUUAUAUCAGCGAGAAUACAAUGAAGAAGAUCACAAAUAUGAUAGGCGCGGAUUCGUUGAAAGGCGUCGAUGCUGUUCUGAUCAACGCAAUUUAUUUCCAAGCGGAUUGGCGGGAUAAGUAUGCAUUGGGUAGCGCGAAAAACCAGGACUUCCACACAAGCGCCACAGAGAAGCGGACGAUUCCGUUUUUGAAGAAUCACGGCGUUUUCCGUAAAUAUGCCGAAGAUGAAUAUUUUCGAGUACUCUCAAUUCCUUACAAGGAUAAAUCAGCCUCGUUUUUGAUAUUUCUACCAAAAACGAGAUUUGGAUUGAUGAAAUCUUUAAACAAUUUCAAUGGCGAAAGAUUUCACAAGCUUUUCGAAAACCUUACAUCGGAAUAUGUCAAGACGGCAUUCCCGAAAUUCAAAAUAACGAAGGCUUGGAAUUUGAAUGAUGCAUUGAGUAAGAAGGGUCUCCGCGAACUUUUCACUGAAUCUGCCGAUCUUUCUGGAAUCGGUCAUAACGUCAAAAUAUCGAGUAUUUCUCAUAGCGCGAUGAUCGAGGUUGAUGAAUGGGGAACUCGAGCCGCGGCGGCGACAGAAGUCAAAUUCUACACGACGUCGGCGAUUUCUGGAGAACCGAUUAACUUCGUCGCGGAUGAACCGUUUUUGUUUGCCGUCGUCAAAGAAUCGACACCUUUGUUUAUGGGAAUUUUCGCGUGA